UUUCUUCUUCUUCUUCUUCCACAAGGCACCGUCUAAUCGAAGCGAGCUAGGGUUUCUCCGAGAUCGAGAGAGACAGAGAGAGGGAGAGAAAACGAUGGCGCUCACCAACUUCAUCCUCACCGUGGUGGGGGUGAGCGCGGCGGUGCUCCUCCUCCGCAGCGACGUGAAGCAAUCCGCCGCCAUUUUCCGCCGCAACGUGCGCCAAAUCCGCCAAUGGCUCGAGGAGGAGUCCGCAUCCGCCGCUAAAACUGCGGAGCGGUCGGCACCCAAGGAGUUGGAUUCGCAAGCGGUUAAGAAGGACGUUCCGAAGGACGAGAAGAAUUAAGCUACCAUAGUUAGUCUAGGAUUGUAAGAUAACAAAUCUUUUUGUAGCUCUUUUUUCUGAUUGAAUAAGAGAGGAAAGAUUUUUGUUUAUUUUGUGGAAAAUCACCAGUGUAACAUGCUUCAAGAAAUGCCAUGAAGAGUUUAGAUUAUUCGUGUGCUCUGGGAUUCAUAUUUAUUGUAUUGUAUCAGCUUAUUCUUAUUC